GCUGAGAGGGGAGGAGAGUGGGCCUGUCUCCUCCCCACCAUCCUGGGGAGGGUGGGGAAGCUGGCAUGUGGGGGAGGGAGGCUAGGCCAGAUCUCUCCCCUAGCUGCGGGAAGAGGAGAACAGAUGCAGCUGAGUCACUCCCGUGUAUAAAGCAAGCGCCAGGCAAUCAGAGCAGCGUGGACCCCAGCAGGCAGCCUGGACAGCAAAAGAAUGUUUUCCCUCCUGCUCGCUCUUUCUCUGCUGGCGUGGGAGGCAGCGGCCGGCCUGACAGACAGAGCAGCUCCAGCUGCCUUGGGGGAUUUCACAGCUUUUUUCCAGUUGACCCAGCAAGAGCCCUGGGAAAACGACGUUAAUCUUACCAGCAUGUCCUGCGAGGAUCUGAGGAACAAGACAUGGACCCACUUGCAACUGAACAACAGCCUGCAGGUCUUCCCUGCCUGCCUGCCUGGGGGACUGGAGGCCUUAGACCUCAGCACCAACCAGUUGCCUUCGCUGCGUGGCGUGGAGAUAGCGGACUUCCCAAAGCUGCGCACCCUCUCCUUGAGGCACAACCACAUCCAAGAAGUUGCGUGGGGAACCAGAGCCCUCAGUAGCCUCCAGUUCCUGGACCUAAGCGCUAAUAAACUGUCCUCUCUGCCAUCAUGCCAGACGGCCCACCUGCCAAACCUGAAGUGGCUGUCGCUGGCCGGAAACCCCAUCACUGAACUCCAGCCUCUGGCUUUCUCCUGUUAUCCACAGCUACAGUUCCUGAACUUGUCUGCCACUCUGCUAGGGCAGGAGAAUGGCGGAGGGAUUAGCGCGUCAGCCUUUGCCAUGAAAGUGUUGCCGGGAGACACCGGAAACAGAGCUAGGAGCACCAUUGACGUGCUUGACCUGAGUGGGACCUUUCUCGAGACAAUUCAGCAGGAGUGGGCCCAGGACUUGGUCAGCCUUAGGUCGCUCCACCUUGCAAGGAUGGCCCAGCUGAGGAGCUUCGACACAGAUCUAUUCAAGUCACUGCCCAGGCUGAGAGAACUGAAUUGCCAGGACUCCCGUGCGCUGAGCGGGGUGAGGACGGAGCUAUUUGAGGAUGCUCCUCACCUGACCUUUCUCACCUUCCAGAACUGUAACCUGAGUUCCUUUAAUCCUUGGAAUAUCAACUCAUCAGGGAGCAUCAGCAUCAACCUGUAUGGAAAUCCUUUAGAGUGCAACUGUGGACUUUCCUGGCUGCUUUCUGAUCCGGAGAGAGUUGUACUGCAAAGGGCAUCCGACACCAUUUGCAACACAGCCUCAGAAGACGGAGAGAAGACUUCAUCCUCAUCGUCUCUUUCGCUGUUACAACUCUAUGAUGAAUGCCAGGCCAAGAGAAAUACCACAUUCCCCACAUCAAACACUCCCCCUCUCACAGAAGACUUUUCCAACCUUCCAAUUAUUGAUUCCACUACUGUGGCAGCAAUGAUGGACUCUACUCUAUUUGCUGAAGAACUUUACAAUGACUCCUUGGUGUCACGAAACAUGGUAAGUAUGACGCAAACAGCUCAGAUGAAGAACGAUCCCACAAGUGCAGACGCUUUUUCCAAAUCUUCUACUGAUCCCACUACUGAAGGAACAGCAGCCACCUCUUCAACAAUUCUGAGAAAGCUUUAUAGCGACUCCUUAACUCAGCAAAGCACUGCGAGUACAAUCAAAACAGAUCCAUUGAAGAGAAAUGUUACAACGACCACCGCUCUGUUUCCCCAAGAGAAAACAUUCUACCAGUCUACUAAUAACCCUUCCACUGAAGCGACAAGACCAAUAGGGACAAACUCUCUUCUUUUUCCUGGCACAGUAAGUCCAUCUCAGACAGAUGAACGGCCGCAAAACCCCACAACGGCAAACCUUAUUCCAAAUCCUACCCAUGCUGUAAUAAACAUGGAUUAUGAAGAUGACUAUUACGAUGAUCAUCAACCAAAGGAAAGCAUAACUCAACCGAUAAUAGUCUCUUGUGACUACGACCCCUGCCACCACCUCCAGAAGCCAUGCUCUGAACUUCAGAGGUUGUCCCCAUGUCUGUGUCCUGGAGUGUCUGGAGAAGACACUGUUCCAGAUCCACCGAGGCUCAGAGAAGUGUCUGAAACGACAGACACAUCAGCACAGAUCCACUGGUGUGCCCCCAGUUCAGUCGUUCAUACUUAUCAGCUUGCAUACCAUGCCAAAGGCAGCGAGAAGAGCCAGAUCCUGGUUGAUGAGAUCUAUCCCACAGCGAGGCAGCAUACACUAUACAAACUUUCACCAGACACCACCUAUUGGGUGUGCGUAAUUGCUUCUAACAAAGCAGGAUCAAGCCAGACGACAAGUGAGAAGAUUUUGGGCAAUCCAUGCACCCAGUUUACAACAAAGCCCAGCUAUAAAUCCAUCUUUGUGGUCUUGUCCCUAGCAAGUGGGGUCUUCCUAAUCACCACCAUUGUAUUGUCUGUGUGUCUGUAUCAGAAAUGUAAAAAGCCUCACGUUGAGCAAUACGGCACACACCUCAUCUCUUAUAAAAACCCAGCAUUUGAUUACCCCUUAAAACUGCAGCCACGUAAUUAGCCCCAGGUAGUUUUGUCAACAUAUUUUGCAGUAAAACAUCUUAUAGCAACACAUCUAAGUGGAAUCCAGCUGCUUACUUGGUUAUAAGUUCCUCACAGGGCUGACUUCAUCUCUGUUGUAAUUCCAAAGAAAUUACACCAGGGACAUCUGUGGCACCAAAUGCUUUGUUUUGUUACAACAGGACACCACGUGCCCUGUUUCUGAGAUCUCUAUUCUCCAUUUCCAAAGAUCUGUGAUCAGGGUGAAGUUUCUCUUAUUAUAACGUAUAAUAAUUUUCAGGCAGCUGAUCGGGAGGUCCCAAUGAUGAUUUUAAAAUGAAGUGAGGGGGGAUAGGGGUGGCACAAUCUGAUGUGGAAGGAGGAAGAGGCAUAGUCCUGACGUUCCUUGGCUAUGGUGCUUCUCUAAACUAAUCUAAGGUGAUGUUGAAGCACCCAGAAGAAAAGCCCUGAUAGAAAUAAUCCCUAGCAUGUAUAUAGUGCCUUUCAGCUGUAGAGAUCAGUGUUUUACAAAGGUGCAAGGGUUUAUAGAUUUUUAAAACCAGAAGGGACUAGUGUGAUCAUCUAAUCAAACCUCCUACACAACAGUGACCGUAGACUUUUGUCCUGUGAUUCCUGCAUCAAGCCCCUAAUUUCUGGAAAAACAUGCAACGUCUUAUCACUAUCCCCCUUGUACAGAUGGGGAAAUUACCAAGAGAAAUUACAGAUUUUUUUUAAAAAAAGGUCUUCAGGUGCCUAAAGGUGCUAAUAGCUUUUGAAAAUCCCCGUAGGCUCCUAUCUGCAUCAUUAAACACUUAAAGACCUUUAAAAAAGCUGGCUAAAAGUCUACAGCCCUAUUCAGGUGCCUAAAUAGCAAUGUCCUCUUUAUCAAAAACGCUGUGCACACACAAAUCCGCUUGCACCUUUGAAAAUCAGGCUACCCUAUUUAGGAGCCUCGCUAUGGAUUUAAGAGCCUGAUUUUAGGCACCUAGGAUUGGAAAUGCGGACUUUUGGGUUUUUUGUUAAUACCUACUCAUCCCCAAACACUUUUCUUGAAAGUGUCACCAUCUUGACUUAUUAGUGCAUGUCCCUGGGACUACACAAUAGCUGGCUGGUGCAACAGGGACUCGGUUGGGAUUGUACUCAGGUAACUAGACUGAGCCACGCUGCCACGGCCACACUGUUAUUAGGCACUAGCAGAGUACACUUGUGUACAUUUACCUGAAAUGAGAAUUACAGCUGCUGCUGUGUAGCUGUACAUUGAGCCUCCCAACGUGUCUUCCAGCAAAACUAGGGCUCACCAGGACUUUACAUCCCUUGUAGAAGCAGAAAAAAAAAAAAGGCAACAAGAAAAAAAAA